AAGAGAGUAAUUAAUAUUGAUAAAAUUGGUAAAGGGAGGAACUGUCAGAGAGUGGUGCCAAAAGGAAAAAGAAAAUCGAUGAAGAAAAACCCUAUAAUCGAGACCCAGAAGCCUGAGUAGAUGCAUGUCGGCGGAAUAACGUUAGAUCUUAAUUGGUUCCUGCAAUUAAUCUUGACGCUCUUCAUUUUCGUAUUUGGGGCUCUCCACUUGCUGAAGAACCAGGCGUCGAAACACUUCGAGGUCGACGCCAAUUUCGAUCGUGACCAAACAAUGCCUUCCAUCCCCAUGGACACCGACGUCUUCCCUUGCGAAGUCUGCUCCAACCCCGCCCCCAAGGUCUGCUCUCGUUGCAAAACUGCUCGUUAUUGCUCCCAAGCUUGCCAACAGGCACACUGGAAGGUCCAUAAGACAAAGUGCAAAGUGAAUUCUACACAGACUACAAGCACAAAACCAUCUUCAGGAGUUGCCCUGGUUCCUGUCAGUGGAACCUCUAAGAUUAUCAAGAAACCAAGAAAGGUUCUUUUCCCUUAUGAUGAGUUUGUAAAGAUCUUCAACUGGGAGAAAUCAGGAUUUCCUCCAUGUGGACUCUUAAAUUGUGGAAACAGUUGCUUUGCCAAUGUGGUUUUGCAGUGCCUUGUAUCCACUCGACCACUUGUUGCUUACUUGUUGGAGAAAGGCCAUCGAAAAGAAUGCAGACGCAAUGAUUGGUGCUUUCUGUGUGAAUUUCAAACUCACGUCGAAAGAUCAAUUCAGAGUUCGCAUCCAUUUUCACCAGUUAAUAUUCUGUCACGACUGCCUAAUAUUGGAGGUAAUCUUGGUUAUGGAAGACAGGAGGAUGCACAUGAAUUCAUGAGGUUUGCUAUUGACACGAUGCAAUCAAUUUGCCUUGAAGAAUUCGGUGGAGAAAAAGCUGUUGAGCGCAGCUCGCAAGAGACAACCCUUAUUCAGCAUAUAUUUGGCGGUCAUCUACAGUCUCAAGUGAUUUGUACCAAUUGCAAUAAGAUUUCAAAUCAGUAUGAAAAUAUGAUGGAUUUAACUGUUGAAAUUCAUGGAGAUGCUUCUUCAUUGGAGGAAUGCCUUGACCAGUUCACUGAUAAAGAGUGUCUUCAUGGAGAAAAUAUGUACAAAUGCGAUGGCUGCAAUGACUAUGUUAAGGCAUGGAAGCGCCUUACCAUACGAUGGGCUCCUAACAUUCUUACAAUUGCCUUGAAAAGAUUUCAGAGUGGCCGGUUUGGAAAACUCAACAAAAGAGUUAGCUUUCCUGAGACAUUAGAUCUUACCCCUUACAUGAGUGAAGAUGGAGAUGAUACCAAUCUUUACAAACUUUAUGCAGUAGUUGUCCAUGUGGACAUGUUGAAUGCAUCAUUUUUUGGUCAUUAUAUCUGCUAUACCAAAGAUUUCGCUGGAAAUUGGUAUAGAAUUGAUGACUGUAAGGUUUCGAGGGUUGAACUGGAAGAGGUACUUUCUGAGGGAGCAUAUAUGCUUUUGUAUAGCAGGGUGUCUCCACGCCCAUCAUGUCUUAGAACCUCGGGAAUGAAAGUUGAAGCAGAGCAUUGCUCAAAGGAACAAACUGAACGUGUACCUGGAAAAGAGCCCAUUAGUUCUUCUAGUCGCCGUGCGUCCCUGUCAAUGAACGGUAGUUUGCAUUCAGAUAUUUGUAGACUUGAAGUUGGGUCUUCCGCUGGAAUGAAUACAGAUACUGUUCAUGGACACGAGAACGGCGAUGUGGCUAAGUCAACAUCAUCACUUGCUAAGGAAUUUUCCUUCAACGGAAAUGAGUCGCAUGUUCAGAUUGAUUCAGAAAUUAUUAGAAUAAACGGUGAAGAUAGGGAUACGGAUAAUUCAAUAGCUGUGAGAGAAAAUGUGGGGAAUGAUAACAUGGACUGGACAAAUAGUCAGCCAUGUUCUUCUGAUAUGGAUAAGGUUCCCCGCUGUGGAAAAAAUACAAGUUCUGAUACUGUGAGCGGGGCAGAAAAUACGAAGAUGGUUGAAGCGAACCAGCAAUAUUUAUCGAUUUCAAAAGAAAUAGAAACCUACGAGCAAGAUUCGCAAGUACCAGUCAGUAACGAAAUGGAAGAUCCAGAAGACACCAAUAUGGCCAAUUCUGAGGCAAGUUCACCUGUUGCCGGGGAUGGCAGCCUGAAACGUGAAUUGUCCAUGCAGGGUUCAGUAAAUGAGGAAGGGAAUGGGGAAAAGAGGGCUGAAAUAGCAGAUGGCAGUUUGCAGUAAUUGGCUGCAUUUUCUAGUUAAAAUCAUAUUUUUUUCGCUUCUUUUACUUUAUAAUUUCAUCAUCCCAUGAUCAAAAGAAAUGAAGAAGUCGGGGGUUACAUAUCUAGGAUUUCAUUAUUUACAGAAAUCUUGGAUGCUAUUGUACCAAUUUUCAUAUAUGGUUCAUAACCAUUUUAGGUUGACAA